AUGGAGAGCUUAUAUAAAGAUUGUGAUUUGAUUUUUAAUAAUGAUAGAGCUUAUUUUCACCUACCAACAGCAAAAGAUAAUAAUUUCACGCAAACGCUUAUCAACAAAAACGCAAUAGAAAUAACUAUUCUUCCGAAAUUAUUUGGAACUCGCGAAAUUGAUGAAGAUUAUGAAGAAUGUCUUGAAAGAUUACGUAGAAUAUCACAAACUGAUGUUUAUAGUUUAGAAAGAUUUUGUAUGAUGCCUGAAUUUGUCGAUCUUCUUACAUGGCUAAUUAGUCUCAAUGGAACUGAGCACACAAAUUUGUCUGUUGAUGCAACUAUAGUAAUGACUAAUGCACUUUUCAUCAUCAGUGACUCUAAAAUAUUCAAAUCUGAUACACUAUUUGAACAUAUUUUCUAUGUCUUGCAAAAUGAUUAUCAUGAUUAUAAGGAAUAUGUUACAAAUCUUGUUCUUAAUUAUCUUUCACCUGAAACAUACCAAGAUUUAAUUAAUAAUAAUAUUAUUAAUAUUUUAUUACAGUUUUUCAAUACUCCGGCAAAUACUCCUUCAAAUCAACGUUGUUGUUCACUUAGUUUUCUUGUAUUUUGUUCUUUAUUUCAUCUGAUGAACGAAGAUCAGUAUCAAUUAUUAUUACCAACCUUUGAAUUUGCUAUUCAUUAUUUCCUUGACAAACAUUUUCCUGCUAGAUUAAAUGCAGCAAGAUAUUUGAGUGAAAUCUUUCGAAAUGAUAAUUUAUUUGACACUAUAGUUCAAGGAUCAAACUUUUAUGAUGAUAUAGCAUAUGCUGGUUAUGGAUUUCCUAUUUUGAGUGAACAAAUAGUUAAUGCUACAUGCGAUAUUUUUAUUACCUUCAUCAAAAAAGGAUAUACAGAUUUUACUGGAAUUUUUAGGUCUUUCUUUGAAUGCCAAUUUAACUCUCUUAUGAAGAAUUUUGAUAAAUUUCUUGAAUUCUUGUAUUACGCUAUUCCCUACAAUUUACAAGAUUUUGAAGAGUCUAAGCUAUAUAAUUUUGUUGUUAGGAAGUUUAAUAAUGGUACUGUAACAGAGAAACAGGCUGCCUCAAAGGUUUUGAUCCAAUAUAUGUGUCUCCACAGUCAAGAAAUUGAUUUGCAAAUUGGAGAAUUUGUUAUGCCCGAUUUAGCAGAUAUGUUAGAAGAUUUUUAUCCAGAAGCUUUACUUGAUAUACUGAAAUUGUUUGUUACAAUAUUCCAAAGAGGAGAAAAAUUUAUUCAACUUGGAAUUAAUUCAAACAUUCCAGAAAUAGUUCUGGAAUUAUCUAAGGACGCAGAAAAUGAUGAUAAAAUAAUUGACAUUUGUAAUCAGAUUUUAAGAAUUUUCAAUAUCGAUCCUGAUGACACUUUUUAA